GAACCAUGGGAGGUGGCUGGUGGUGGGCUCGGGCCGCCCGCCUGGCACGACUCCGCUUCCGGGGGGCGCUGCUGCCGCCACCGCGGCCCCGGAGUGGGUGCUCCCGGGGGUCCUUCGCGCCCGGCCACGGCCCCCGCGCCGGGGCUUCGACACCUCCCGUGUCGGAGCUGGAUCGCGCGGAUGCCUGGCUCCUCCGGAAGGCGCAUGAAACAGCUUUCCUCUCCUGGUUCCGAAAUGGCCUCCUGGCCUCAGGCAUUGGGGUCAUCUCCUUCAUGCAGAGUGACAUGGGUCGGGAAGCAGCAUAUGGCUUCUUCCUGUUGGGCGGCCUGUGCGUAGUGUGGGGCAGCGCCUCCUACACCGUGGGCCUGGCUGCACUGCGGGUACCCAUGCAGCUCUCACUGGGGGGUGCGGCUGCAGGGGUCGGGGCUGUGCUGGCAGCCAGCCUGCUCUGGGCCUGUGCGGUUGGUCUCUAUAUGGGUCAGCUCGAGCUGGACGUGGAGCUGGUGCCCGAGGACGACAGGACAGCCACUGCUGAAGGCCCUGACGAGGCGGGCCGGCCACCGUCUGAGUGACUGUGGCCGCUGGCCCUGGGUGCUGGACGGCCUGGGGCCUGCAGACCGGGACAUUAAAACUUGACCCUCCCUCCUCC